AUGGAGCUAGGCUUCACCUGGUACUCCUGCACAUGGCAUGAGAGCUUCGGGACCCUGCCGACCGGCCUUGACGUCUGUCUGGGAUCGGGCAACCCGCAGCGCUGUGCGGAUGUGAUCUCAUGCAUACUCCGUCUCAGAGGAUCCGGAGAGGAGUUCACCCAGCGUGACAUGGAAGACCCUUCGGAUAACGACCAAGAACUCGAGGACCUCAAGGUUUAUGCAGAAGGCCAGAGGAAGGCAUACGACGCGAACGAGCAAAAUGACUCGUACGAGUCGGAAGCAGAGGCCCUCAGCGAGUCCGAAGCCGCAGCAGGAUACGAUUGCUCCAACAGGUUAAGGCAGCGAAUCGAUCAAUUCGUUAGAAAUAACGGUCCUACCGCUGCGAGUGAAGAAGACGCUCGGAAGAUUACUCUGAUGUUGCUGGAAGCCUUUGAGGAAGAACAUGAAGCCAGAAAUCAGAGCAAGCACAACUUGCUUAAAGGCGGGCCACCUGUCACUGUCACUCCUGUGUGGGAAUCUUUCAUGGUCAAAUUCUUGAGUGAUGAUAUCCAUGCAAUGUGCAACUUUGCCUACUCGAUGUAUAAACAAGAGAUGGAUGUGGAAAAGGCCAUGAAGUAUCUCAACAUGGUGCUCAGCAUGGAUCCUAACGAAAAGAGCAAAGAAUAUUACAUGUUAGAGGAGAAUGAGCGACCCACAAGGGAGGAACUCGUUGAAAGCGGGCUAGAAGUGGGUGAUUUGGAUGAAUUCUACAAGAACGUCACAGAAUAUUUGCAGAGCGAUGAGCUUAGAGAGGUUAUUGAGUCUUCGAAACUCAACAUGUCAUAUGAGGAAGUGAUCGCUUGCCUGAAUCUAACUCGGGACAAACUUCAUCAUGUUUUUGACGAAGAUGCUGAUGAGAUUUACAAGCCCGUUUCACAUCCGGCAGGUCCUGACGGCCGAACGAGUUAUUCUAGAGCAUUUUCAUACAUGGGAGAAAUCUACUUGGAUUAUUAUGAUCAAGCUCCGAAAGCAGAGUCUCUUUUUCAGAUCGCGUUGUCGUAUGAUCCCGCAAACGUACACGCUCUUUACAUGCUUGCCACGGCAAUUUGGAAGGCGGCAACCCUGAUUGGUGAGAAUGAAUCCAUGAUCAUGCCUGGUGGACAAAGCUGUGCAAGAGAUGUCUUCAUUGAGCGAGCUUCUCACCUGUUUCGAGAAGCUGCAAAGCUGGCACCGGACGACGUCGUGUUGCACUCACAUUUAGCAAGAUUUUUUAUCAAGGAGUAUGGUGAUGUUAAGCAAGCACAAGACCUGCUUGAGAUCUCUUUGAGCAUUGAUCCGAGUGAACCUGAUGUGUGCCAUGCAUGUGCGGUGCUGCUGCAUGAAGUCGCGAUUUUGCACGCUGAAGCAGGAAACGUGGAAGAGACUGCAAGUUGUGAGCAGGAAAUGGAAAAGGCCUGGAAAUACGCCCUUAGCUUGCAUCCUGCACAUCCCCAUGCAGUGCAUGAAUACGGAAAUUUCUUACAGAAAACGCUCAGAUUCAAUGAUGCUGAGACGAUUUUCAAGAAUGCGUUGAUGUUUCAUCCCAAUCGACCAAAGCUACUCUGGCAAUAUGCAUUUAUGUUGCAAUGCUUUCGUUCAGAUGAUACAUCAGCAUUGGAAUAUUACUAUCGAGCUCUUCAAAGCGACCCCCUCCAUCUUCCUUCAAUCAUAUCGGUCGCUCAGAUUCAUCAUUCAACAGGGAGCAACUUCGAGCUAGCCGAUAAAUAUUACGAAGAAGCCUUGAAGUUUGAUCCUUCGAAUGUGGAAGUGUUGUGUAAUCGAGGCCUGCUGCUGUUCGAGGCUUUCAACCAAGAAGAUGCUGCAAUAGACCAUUUCGAACAAGCUCUUCGCGUAAACCCGUCACAUGUUCCGACCUUGUGCAAUUUCGGGAUGCUGCUCAUGACAAGGCAAGACGAGGCUUCUAUACACCAAGCAGAAGCUCUGCUAUCGCUGGCUGUCCAAACCGCUCCUGAUCACUCUGAUUCAGUGCGGAAUUUAGCAAUUUUGCAGAACUUUAAUCUUUUAAAUCACUCGUUUCCUCUUUCAAUCUGCCAGGAAAAAGGGAGUGAUGAGGACAAGUUCGAAGAAUUGUUGAAAAUUCGGCCUGAGUUUCAAAUGGCAACAUCGUUGAGCACGUUUAUUGAGCUGCUCGUUGAUGUAGAUCCCUGGAGACUUGAAAGGCUCAUGAUCAACAAUGCGCAUGUCUAUGAGGUUCAGAUCAAAGCAGAUUCGAUUCUUGGCGACCUGAAUUCCUAUGUCACUUCGAAGAUUGAUUACAGUCAGAAGAUCCUGAGCAAAGAAGCAGAUUUGGAUAUGAAGCUAAAGCUGUUGACUUGCAUUGCAAGUUUGAAACAUAAUCUUGAUUCACACUUUAUGCCUUUGAGCGAAUCCAAAGUCAACUCGGAUUCGUCAGCAACAUUCAAAGAGAACCAAAUUUCUCCAUGGAAAGAUCUUCUGCAAGUGCUAGGGUCUUGGAGUCCAGAGCUGCAAAGCGAAUAUCGAGGUCGUAUAUCAGACGCCCUCUGUGCAUUAGGGCAGCUCUUCUUUGAGGAAGGACAUCCAGAAUCCCACCGUCUCUUCUUAAAGGCCAUUGAACUUGAUCCUCAGAACAACGUUGCUUACAACAACCUUGCUGUCAACCUCGAACACAAUUGUAGGAUUACCCCGCAAUCUGCUAAGAGCCUUACAAGCCCCUUCUACUCCAACUAUUCAAGAGACGCAUCCAUUCAUUGGAUCACGCAGACCAGCACAUGGAAAGAAUACUGGCCAAGCUGCGGCUGGAUUGUCAAAGAUUCAACCAUUGAGAUUCUACAGCAUUCAAUCCCUGCAGAGAAAUGGAUCGGGAGUAACAAUGUCCGUGAUAUCCCUGUGGAAGUGGACCAUGUGGAUAUAAAUUUCCUCGAAAACACCACGAGUCUCUUGAUUGAAAUAGGAAUAAUCCAGGAUGAGGAGAUCGAUGUUGUGAACGCGCUUCUACAAUCUUUAAGGCUUUCUCCCGACGAGGCUACAGUGCUGGCAAACUUGGGAGGAUUCCUGCAGGAUUGUAUUCUGGCGCAAUCGCUGUCCAAGCAGUUCAGCAACAUGAAGAGCCUCCAACGCAUGGUCAAAAUGCUUUAUGAAAGAGCCAUAGAGCUGCAACCGAAUCAUAUCGGAGCAAAUGUUAAUCAAGCGUCCUUCAUGAACAAUGUAGAGGGCAACAGGAACGAAGCGCUGGCCAUUUUGAAGAAAGUUACAAGACAAGCUCCGAUCUACAGCAUGGCACACUUUGCAGUCGCAGCUGUACAUCAGGAAACACCUUAUGAGCUGCGCGAAACGUUGAAUCAUUUAACGAUUGCCCGAUCGCUUGCUCCACAUGAUACAAACACCAUUGUCAACUUAGCUUCCUUCCUGCAAAGGCGAACAAACAACGGGAUGCCAGAAAUCCAGAAUCUGUUCACGAGAGCCCUUUCCAUCCGACCUGCAGACAGACUUGUCCUACAAAAUUUUGCCGUAUUCUUGCAAUCAAGGGAUGAAAAGCAGGCAGAGCACGUGCACAUGCAAGCUGUAGAGCUGUAUCCCAACAAUCCCAUCGUGCUCACAAACUAUGGGUUGUACCUGCAUGAGGUUCACGAGAACUUUGAAGGAGCUGAGCAUCUUUUCAAGAGAGCUCUCGCCAUCCAGCCAACGUACCCUUAUGCUCUUUGCAACCUUGGACAUCUGAUAGUUGACCUGAAGCAAGACUUCAAGGUUGAUCGCUCCGCGUCAUGCUCCUCGACUUUGACUAGAUAUCACAAGACUGGGGAGUCUUACUUUCAGCAAGCGCUCAAAAUGGAUCCAUCCAACAUCCCAACUCUUUACUGCUAUUCUCACAUGUUGUCCCAACUAGCUUCUCAAACUGGAUCCGAGACAUAUCAGAGACUGGCCGAGGAUUUACUCAUGAGGGCCGUUGAUGCUGAACCGACUGUCUACAUGUCUGAGGAGUAUCAGUUGCACCCGGACGAGUUGAUUCAGGGAUCGAAUGCCGGGUUUUCAGACCCUCUGGCUUCAGCGUUCAGGAUGGAAGUAUCAGCACACAAGGACGAUAAGCGUCGGAAAUUGGGACUCGACCCGAGCAAGCUCAAUCAGGAGGGGAACCUUGCGAGUCAGGCGGAGAGGAUGGCUGAUCCUUGCUUCGUUGACGAUGCCAUGGAGAAACAUCUUGCUGCCGAGAAGGUCGCCCAAGAACUUCUUGCGGAGGAGGAGGAGAAGAAGACGAGUAGUAAGGCUGGGAAGGGGAAGGAAAAGACGAAGAAGAAGAAGAAGCCCAGAUAG